GUUUCGAACAUCGCCGGUACGGCUGGUUAGUCGCGAGAGCCUUGGUUAGGGGAUUGGUUGGGCGUAUUGGUAACGAGCCGUGAAGAUCGUACUCGUCUGAUUUCUGCACUUCUUCGUCCCAGAAAAUCUACGAAAAGGACAAGAGAUGGCGGCCCCUAUGCCCAUCAAUCCCAAGCCCUUCUUGAACAACCUAACUGGAAAGUCAGUGCUUGUAAAACUGAAGUGGGGACAAGAAUACAAAGGAUUUCUGGUAUCUGUGGAUGGCUACAUGAAUCUUCAGUUGGCCAACACAGAGGAAUUUAUCGACGGCAACUGCACAGGGAGCUUGGGCGAGGUUUUGAUCCGCUGCAACAAUGUGCUGUACGUCAAAGGCGGCGAGGACGACGACGAGGAAGGCGAGAUGCGCGAGUGACCUCAUACAUUUUCAUUGCUUCACAUGUGUGCCCCAUCCAUUUGCUAAUAUACGUGUCACAUUACCCUGU